CCGAGCCUUAGCGGGCAACACGGCCCGAGCUUAGCGGGGAUGAUGAUAAGGGAGCCUGAGGAAGCUCUUUCAUUCCUUGAGGCAACAACCAUCACCACCAUCAACAUCACCUUCACCAUCACAAUCCCGUUCAGUCUCCGCCUUAUUUUGCAACACCGAGUAUCCCGAUACAUCCUUCAUCUCCUUCCGCCAAAAUGCUGUCAGACGAAGACAAGCUUCGACAGUUUCUUCUUGAAAACGAACACGCUGGGGAACCCACUGCGUUCAUCCGUCUCCAGUGGAUCGACUUCUCCGGCGUUCUGCGCGCCCGCUUCGUUCCUGUCGCUCGAUGCCUGCAGAUCGCUCAAGGAAACGAACAAUACCUUCUCCCGCAAGUCAGCAUGAUCAUCCCAAUAUCAACGGCCCCGAAAUGCUUUCCGACCGGUACCGAAGUCGAAAGGUGGGUGCUGCGUCCCGACUGGUCCUCGCUGCGAGUCUGCGGGUUCAGGCCGAGUCACGCUUCCGUCAUGUGUUUCUUGGAGCACGAGGAGGCCGAAGAUACGUUCAACAAGUGUCCGCGCAUGCUGCUAUCUCGUGCACUGAAGCGGCUUGAGAGAGAAUGGGAUACCAAGGUACUGGCCGGCUUUGAGAUUGAAUUCAUGCUUCUGGACGAGGAUUUCCAGCCGCUCAGGCAGCUAGACCGAUUGAACAGCUACCAAACAACUGCUGGGCUGCGCGCCCAGACAAUGGAAAUUGUUGAAGAGAUUCUCGACAGCUUCGACAAAUCAUCCAUCCCUAUCCAUCACUUCCAUACCGAAACCCACGAUCAGAUAGAAUUCGCCCUCAGUCCUGAACCGCUGCUCGACGCCAUCGACUCGCUUAUCCUAGCGCAAGAAACAAUCCGCACUGUCUUUAUUAAACACAACAUCAAGGCGACCAUGACUCCAAAGCCACUCCUCGACGGGCCAACCAACGGCAUCCACCUGCACAUGUCUGUCGACAAGCUCGCACCGCCAGACACGGACAACUUCCUCGCAGGUAUUCUGAGCAACAUGGGGUCCCUUUGCGCCUUCGGAAUGGCCAACUUUGACGGCUAUGUUCGUACUGCCAAAGAUGCAGCUGGCGCGUGGGUUGGGUUUGGCACUGAAAACCGUGACUUGCCGGUGCGCAAGAUCAGCGAGCAGCAUUGGGAAUUCCGUAUGCUGGAUGGCACUUCGAACCCGUACUUGUUUUCCGCGGCUGUCUUGCUGGCUGGUCUGCGCGGGCUGAGCGAGAAGGUGGUUUUGUCUUGGACAGACUGUCCCGUUUUCCCGCAUUUGCUGGACGAGAGAGAACGGGCCCAGUACGGACUGGAAAAGAGAAUGCCGAAUGGUUUGGAGGAAGCAUUGGAAGCACUGAAGUCGGACGAAACCGUGAAGGAAUGGAUACCAGAAGACUUGCUCAAGUCAUACAUUCCUGUGAAGGAGAAGGAGGUCGAGGUGUUCCGGGAAAUGGAAGACGACGAGAGGCGCGCUAAGUUCUUGGAGUACUUUUGAUCUUAGGUCUUCACCAUGUCGCGCCUGACACAGCACGACUCCAAAUUCUUACGACGUGCCAGUCAAGUAGUGCCUUUAGGGCGGCCCCAUAUCUUCAUGGCUUGAAAGUAAUUGAGAUGACAUUGCUCAUGCUGGUUUCAUGGUACCUAGUACAAAAAGUCCUGUGCUCUCUUGGGAAAACAGAAUCCUUAAUCACGAAAAGCCACAAGCC